AUGAAAGGCAAGCCAGAUCUGGCCCGAGGCUUUGUCAAAGGAGAUCGAGUGGCUGCAGAGGCGAAGUGGGCAGAUCUUGCUGGCGCGUUAAACGCAAUUAAGCCUCCCAUUAAAGAUGUUGCAGGAUGGAAGAAGGUUUGGUGCGACUGGAAGUCGAACACCCGGAAGAAGAUAGCCAAAAUCAAGGCUGAGGCCAGGGCCACUGGCGGUGGUCCUUACUCGCAGCAGGUUAUAACGGACGUGGAGGAGGAGGUGGCCAAGAUCUGCGGCCUUUACGAAAUGGUGGAGGGAGUGGCUGGGCCAACAAAUGGGGUUUCGCCCACCGUGAACCCUGAUUUAGAAGGGGAGGAGGAAGAAACCCCAAAUCAGGAAACGGUAGCCGAGGAGCCAAGUCGAAAGCGUCGGCGUUACUCAAGCGCCACUCAACGUGAUCUCCCAAGCCUUUGCGCAGCACAGCUGGAAGUUAUGUCGCAGAUGAGCAACUCCAUGGCUGAGCACUUCAAGAGGAUGGAGGCUCUGCAACGGGAGGACAUGGAGUUGAAGAGAGAGCUCCUCUCAAAAUUCAAUGAGAUAAUUAAAAAACUAGGAGAAUAA